AUGGUAUGUAAGCUUCACAAAUCUUUAUAUGGCUUGAAACAAGCCUCAAGGCAAUGGAAUGAGAAGUUCACUGCCUCUCUUGUUGCUACUGGUUUUCAUCAAUCAAAGGCAGAUUAUUCAUUGUUUACUAGAAGUAACAAAGAUGGUUUUGUUGCUCUUCUAGUAUAUGUAGAUGAUAUCAUCUUAGGAAGUAAUAGCUUGACUGAAAUCAAUUCAGUGAAAGCUCAUCUUCAUGACCAAUUUAAGAUCCGAGAAUUGGGGGUGCUCAAAUACUUCUUGGGAUUAGAAGUUGCAAGAUCAAACAAUGGCAUUCAUGUUUGUCAAAGAAAAUAUGCCUUAGAAAUCAUUGAAAGUGCUGGUCUACUUGGGAGUAAGGCUGUGACUACUCCAAUGGAACCCAACCUCAAAUUGUCACAUUCCUCUGGUGAGUACCUCUCAGAUGUGACUGGAUAUCGAAGACUAAUAGGUAAGUUGAUCUAUUUAAGUACCACAAGGCCUGACAUCACUUACUCUGUUGGUAUCCUAAGCCAAUUUAUGGAUAAGCCCACUCACAUUCACCUCCACACAGCUCACAGAAUAUUGAGGUACCUUAAAGGCUCGAUAGGACAAGGAAUUUUCCUCUCAUCAAAAUCUUCCUUGCACCUUAAAGGAUAUAGUAACUCAGACUGGGCUGCAUGCCCUGAAACCAGGAGAUCUAUAACUGGUUUCUACAUGUUUAUAGGGGACUCUUUGAUUAGUUGGAAGUCAAAGAAACAAAUUGUGGUGUCAAGAUCAUCUGCUGAAGCAGAAUAUAGAGCAUUGGCUCAAACUAGUUGUGAAAUCAUUUGGUUGAAGGCUCUCUUAGAAGACUUUAACAUUAAACAUUCACAACCUGUUUUCUUAUAUUGUGAUAGCCAAUCCGCAAUACACCUAACCAAAAAUCCCAUAUUCCAUGAGAGAACUAAGCAUGUGGAAAUAGAUUGUCACUUUGUUAGAGAAAAGGUGCUGGCAGGUGUGAUAAAACCAAUACAUGUGCCUUCAAAAUUUCAAGUAGCAGACAUACUCACCAAAGCCUUGACAACACCAUCUUUCCAUCUGUUAUUAUCCAAGAUGGGCAUACUCAACAUAUAUGCCCAUCUUGAGGGGGAGUCUCAGAAAUCGUCCAAGAAGCUUCAAGGAAAUAAACGAGUCCUUACUGAGGAGGAUGCAGGAGCACCAAGAGGCAGCAUAGUACUAAGAGAUGGCAGAGGACAGUCUGCAGCAGAGAUGAUUGUACAUACUGCUGCCAUGCCUUAG